CCAAUUAGGUGAAAUUACAUCAUCUCAGGCACACCUGAAUGUAUCUCGCGGCACAGUGAUUGAAAAACACUGCUGUACAUCAUAUUACUAAUACACCACAUGGGAUGGUUAUACCAGCUGGUGUCGCCGUCCAUUCAUAUCAAAAGAGUUUCCAGGAAGAGUCAUGUUUACACUGCUAAAUAGUUUUUAAACAUUUUGCCACAUAGCCUCACCUCCUUUCCUAGACAUGAUACGCCUAUUUGACUCUGCAAGUUAUCUUCACCACUCCUUUGGUUGGUGGACAUACUGUAUCUUUCCGAACAGCUCCUUCGUGGCCUCUUUUCUUGGUGGUUGACAAACUGGAGAAACACAUCCAAGAAAUGGACGACGGCAGCUACAUCGAGUUUGAUGUGCCGGAGUUCAGCAACACUGUUUUGACUCAACUCAAUGAGUUACGACUGCAGGGCAAGUUAUGUGACAUCAUAGUUCACAUUCAGGGUCAGCCAUUUCGCGCCCACAAGGCUGUGCUGGCAGCUAGCUCACCUUAUUUUCGCGACCACUCGGCUCUGAGCACCAUGAGUGGCCUCUCGAUCUCAGUCAUCAAAAGCCCUGAGGUGUUUGAGCAGCUUCUUGCGUUCUGCUACACAGGCCACAUGUCCCUACAGCUGAAGGACAUCAUCAGUUUCCUCACCGCUGCUAGCUUUCUGCAAAUGCAGGUUAUUAUUGACAAGUGCACCAAGAUCCUGGAGAGCAUCCACUCCAAAAUCAGCAUCCCAAUUAAUGCCUGCAGCCCAGAGAAGGAUGACUCGCAGACCAGUCGCAACGGGGUCAAUGACAGCAAUCUCUUUGUCAACCCAACCCAGAUCUCCCCCCCUUACUACUCCCGUCAGAGUCACGAAGCACGCCUGGGCCGCGGGCGACAGCAGCAAGAAGAAGGACAGUCCGAUCGGGGCAGCACGGACAGUGUGUCAGAGCAUGAUACGCCCAUGGAAGGAGAAAUGGAGCAAGUAGAACUCAUUGGAAAAGAUGGGCAAGUAACCGAUGUGCAUGUGAAAGUAGAGAAAACCGACAGGCCUACCUAUUCUGAUAGUUCCUCAGCUGGCGAUGAUGGUUACCACACCGAGCUUGUAGAUGGAGAGCAAGUUUUGGCUGUUAGUGUAGGUUCUUAUGGUCCAGUUAUCCAGUCUGCUGCCUACUCCUACUCAGGGCUGUCCUCCCCGUGCUUCGUCAACCUCAGCAACUCCAGUCCAUCCCGUUCCAUCCUCAGUGGGUUCAGGGGCGGUAGAGCCAGAGCCAAGCGUCCUCUGGCCAUCCCGGCGGCGGUACUGAGUCACAUCAAACCAGGUUCAGAGGACACGGAGUCUCCUGUGGGACCCACCAUACUGGAGAACGACGUGCGAGAGCGUAGUCUGAGGAGCCAGUGGUACCCAUACAACGAAAGACUCAUUUGUGUCUACUGUGGUAAGACCUUCAAUCAAAAAGGGAGCCUCGACCGUCACAUGCGCCUGCACAUGGGAAUCACACCAUUUGUAUGUAAAUUCUGUGGCAAGAAGUACACGAGGAAAGACCAACUGGAGUACCACAUCCGUGGCCACACGGACAACAAGCCCUUCCACUGUCAGAUCUGUGGAAAAUGCUUCCCAUUUCAGGGUACCCUUAACCAGCACCUGAGGAAGAAGCACAUGGGAGCAACCGAGGGCAACCACCAUACAGACUCUCCAAAUAGGACGGAGGGGAGCUCAGGUCAGAAAGACCAAGAGGAUACCGCAGAGGAGAUAGCCUAUGAGGCACAAUAUGCAGAAGAGGCGCCAGCCAACGACAUGGAGGAAAGCUCCAAAUGCAGUCCGGAAGAAGCUCAAGCAUCCAGAUGUGAUUAUUAGGUCCUGCUUCAGGUUAAAGAAGCUUUAAGAAUAGUCUAUUUCAAAUCAAUGUUUUUUUUUGUUUUUUUUUUUUUAAAUCCGGUCCCUCUACUAUUGACUUGUCUUGCAUUAAAGGGGUUCUGCUCAUUUUGUGAAAGCUAGGUGUGAAAUGCAGCGAGAAGGCUUUGUAGAAUUAGAUUCUUUCAAGCAAAGGGAGUUACUUGGGGAGCUACAUCUUACUAUUUUUGCGGCGGUCCCAAUAAUCAAGACCCCCUGAGAAGAUUUCUCUUUAUAUCUUUCCAUGUUUUUAAAAACGUAUUUACAAAGUUAUAUAGGCAUGUUGCAAUAAUUGAAAAUGUGAAAGCUCUGGUAAGAUGCUUGUCAUAUCACCUUUUUACCUGACCUGUUUUUGCACAUACGGCCACAGGAGGUCACUCACUCACUAGGAAUGAACUUUCUUCUUUUCUUUUUUUUUUUUUUUUUCUUCUUUGCAAAGCUUUGUGUGACACAUCCGUUCAAUACCUCAUACACACAACUAUCACAUACAGUAUUCUCACAUUAAUGGAACUUACUGGGUUCUACCUCAUAGCCAAGAUCCUACCGAGCACAGACAAGUUCACUGUUUGAAAUCCAUUCUAGCUUGUAUGUACAGUAUCUUUUUUUCUUUUUUUUUUUUUUGCCAAACAAUGUAAAGAAUAUUUUCUCAACACAAAGCCUUGACACGUAGAGGAAAUAUUCCUUGUUGAUUGUACGGAUAAGACUUGGGAAAAUGAUGAUUAGAAGGUGCUAUGUGGACGGGAUGGCCGUUUGUAGUAAAAGAUAUCUGUCUGCUGUCUUAAGUGUUUUUUCCAGCAAAACACAGGAUUUUACCUCAUCACUAAUACAGGUGACGCUAAAUCAUGGUUUUAGAUACUGUUAACUGUGAAAACGAUCUCGUGAUUGGAUGCCAGAAUUACACCAGAACUUGUUUUGACCGGGUAAGAUUGGCUAUAACUCAUUAUUCAAUGCAAUGCAGUCAAAUAACUCUGGUUUUCUUCUCUUAAAGUAUAUAUCCAUGUACUAAUGUCAAUAAUAUGCAAAAAGCAACAAAGGAAUCUCAGCCAUUUUGACAUGGUAUUUCUUCCGUUAUUUUCAAAGGACAAUUGCAAUUGUUUUUCUUCUGUCAUGCUGUCCGACCUGCCAUCUUUGUUCUCUGCAUCAAAUAUUAAUGUAAAUGUCUUGAUUGACCAAGGUUGUUUGCAGUAGUCAGUACCACUCGGGGUUUGACUGGCGUGUGGUUACAGCAAUACAUGUUGUUAAAGGUAGUGAAAGCAGAGGAUCCAAAGUAUUGACGCACUUUGCAAAUUUAGUGGGUGGGAUUGAGCAAACGAGUCUGCUAAGACUGACGACGCAGUGUCUGAUUACUUGCCUCACCGCAGUUACUGCAACCACAAAAUGUAUUUUGGCUACAAAUCAUGCGUGUAACUUGGUUGUGUUUUAUCUAUAAUCUUGAACCAUGGGUAUUGGGAAGUAUCUAGUAUAAAGAGACUUGUUUUUUUUUAUUGUGAUUUCUUCACUCAUUGUUAAUGAAUAAAUAGGCACUUAUAAAGCCUGAUUACAUAUUUUUUUAUAACGAUUUGAAAAGUCGAAGCUCAGCUGGGUGAUGUUUUUUUUUUGUUUGUUUUUUUAUUUAUCAAUAUUGAUGUUCUUUUCCAUCCAACUGAUUGAAUGCCUUUCUUAUGGUGCAAUGUCGCUAUAUGGCAAUACGGUGUUUUGCCAAGUUAUAUCUAGAAGGAAGCGCUAAUGUUCCUCUUAAUGUACAAUCUUAACUUAUUGCCAAUUGAGAAAGCUGAUCAAUUAUCAAAGGAAUUUGCAAGAAUCCUUUUUCCCUUUUGCUUAGUAACCAGUCCGUCAAUCUCAUCCGUGCUCUUUAAAUGAAUGUCAACCAAGUUCAGUUCAUUUUGUGUCAGCUGCUGAUGAGAUGGGCUAAUUUGAUUCUGCCAAUGAUGAUUCCAGGUGUGUUUUGCCCAGACAUGAUUUGCAAAUGAAAGGUACUUCUGUGCCAUAAGUUCACGCCAAAGAUCGCAUUUUGUCUGUAUUUCUUGAUUGAAUGCUUAAGACAAAUUGGUUGUUCACUUAAACAAACAUAGGCCAAGUUCAUUGCUACGUGCAAGGAAUGUACCCGCCCCAGCUUAAAACAAUCAUUUGUGUCAAAUCCGAUCGAUUUUAUGAAGACUAAAUUGUAAUUGUUAAGCCAUGAAAUACCUGAUAGUAUAAAUGAUGUGCAAUAGUAAUUCAAACAAAAAUGGUGGCGUUUAAACCCAGUGCCUUGCCGCAAGCUUUAAAUUGUAGAGUUGGGUACUUGGAAGGACGUGCCUCAGUUUUAAAGAUUAUAAUAAAUACAGUCGCAUCAUUGUUAUUGUGAAGUAACACCAAUACGUCAUCCAUUUUGUACUUUUUUCAAAAGAAAGGUUUUCUUGUUUACCUUUUUUAUAUGAUUUUGUUAUCACGGGACAGACAUUUAAAGGUAGCAAGUGAUUACAAUCAAUCGAGGCCAUGGUCCUCUUCUCAGAGACUAUGUUUAGCCCUCCGCUUCAUCCGGUGAGGACAAUCCUGUCAAUGUGCCGUACAUUUUUGGUCUUGGACUAGACAAAGGAAGGAGAUUCAUGAUAUCUACUUCCAUGUAGUCAAACAAAAUUAAAAAUACCCUCGUAUACAGUAGUCAAUUUGCACGUUGGGCUAGAACGGAAUUGUAUUAAACUGCAUAAGUUGAGGGGUUCUUUAGAGUUGUUUUUCAUUGAUUGUGCACUUAAGAGUUAUAUAACAAAAAUCUCUUUAGGUAUUUGUUGCUUAAGCAGGGGGGGUUUCCAGUAAAAGGUGCUUUUUUUUUUUUUUACUUGUAAGGUUUUGUUUUCUUAUCAAAUAAGUACAUGUGUAGGUAAAUGGGGGGGGUGUUUUUUCAAUUGCUUUUAAUGUAGCUAUAUUUACUUAAGUCAUAAUAUACACACACCGAACCAACUGACCUUGACACUCACUCUAGUUGACCUCCCCUAACCCGAAAUACUUUUAAGUUCCAUGCACGAGAUGCAAUAUGGGCCACACGUAAUCAAAAGGAAGUGUUUACAGGGGAAAAGCUGUCAAGACUACUUUUUGAAAUUGCAGCUUAUCCUCUAUACGUGUUAAACUCACUUUCAGGUAGUUUACGAACACUGAUACAAGCUUGGAAAAAAAAAAAAAAACAUGAAGUCUUCCAUAUUUUAUUUUUUAUUUUUUUUUAAGUUUCUGUCCACUGUGUAUAAAUAAUAACAGAAAGCAAUAAAUUUUUAUAAAGUGGUGUAUUGGGAUCAUCAUGCCUAUUGAAACAAGCUUUUAAAUUCAAACAGGAACAGGAUAUGGAAGUAGAAUUAUCUCAUCAACUUAUAUAUGAAUCAAUAUAUUAAUACAUAUGCAUAUAUUGAUAAAUAUGCAAAUACAAAUGUGAUAUACAAAUUAAUUUGUAUAAAUAAGCGCAUAUUUGUAGAUAUAUUUUUGAGAUUUGAAAAUAUAUACAAAUAUAAAAAAUGUCACAAAUCAAUUUGUGUAAAUAAACGUGUAUUUUUAAAUAUAUUUUGGAGAUUUUAAUAUAAAUAUGCUUGAUUUUGUAUUUGUAUAGAAUUUGCGUAAAUUGAUUUUUUUUGCUUUUGUGUCGAUGAGACAUUCCUCCCACAAACCAGAUGCACAAGUAAAUGUACCUUACACACUCCUGAACCACCAGCAGAGGGCACUGCAGCCGGAGCCACACAUUGCACUGAUAAAAUAUCGGUAUCUACAUCGGGGCAAAGUCAUUAAACGGCAUUGAUACAAGAUUUCAGAUUAACUUUCAGACUAACUGGAUAAAGUAGCAUUAGCUAAAACAACGCUGACGUUACCAAGCUCUCUGUAAAGACGUGGAUUGUUUUUGUGCAGAGAACUCCGCGCAUUUUGCAUAUAAUGCUUUGUGACCCAGACCGCUCUGGCUGUAAUGCCCUCUGCUGGUGGUUCAGGGGAGUGUGUAGGUCACAUUUAUUUGUGCAUCUGGUUUGUGGGAGGCCUGCGAUGAGCUGGCGACUUGUCCAGGGUGUACCCCGACUUCUGCCUGAUUGAAACUGAGAUAGGCACCAGCGACCCCAAAGGGAAUAAGCAGUAGGAAAUGGUUUGUGGGAGGAAUGUCUCAUCGACACAAGCAAAAAAAAGCGAUCCACGUAUGCAAAUUCAAUACAAAUACAAAAUCAAGCAUAAUUUUAUUCAAAUCUCAAAAAUAUAUUUACAAAUACAUAUCUAUUUAUACAAAUUCUUGAUUUAUUUGUAUGUCACAUUUUUAUAUUUAUAAAUUGUAUUUGUAUAUAUUUUCAAGUCUAAAAAAUAUAUUUACAAAUAUGCAUUUAUGUAUACAAAUGAUGUAUUUGUAUAGUUAAUGAUAUAUGCAUAUGUAUGAUAUAAGUUGAUGUGAGACAAUUCUUCCAUAGCAGGACGGUUGGAAAUUUUAUAUUUGCUGAAAACUUUUAGACAAGUUUGUUUCCUCUUAAGAAAAAGAAAAUAACACUAUAUGAGAAAAAUGUGGUAGUAAUCUACUCCGCAGUGAGUACGGAGUUGCACCUCCAGCUGUGUCGAAAACAACGAAAGGGAUUUUUUUUUUUUUUAAUUUUUUUUUUUUGGCCCGUAGAAGCCAGAUUCUGAGAGCGGGUGAUGUGUUGUCAUGUUCAGGUUCGGAGGACCUCUAGUCGAGUUGAGUCGGAGUAAACGCACUAUCAUGUCUCUGACUUGCAUGUUUUUGGGGAUAAGGCAAAAAAAAAAAAAAAACCUUAGAACUCAGGGUGUAUAGUGUUUAAAAAAAAAUGUCUCAUUGGACAUGCAUCCUAUGUCCACUAUCGUGCACUUCUCUUCAGGUGGUGGGGGGGGGGGGACAAGUCCUCAAGUCAGUAGUUUUCAUACAUUCUGCCUCAAGGACUGGAGUGCAUUACGUUCCCCAGAACUGAAGGUCCGAGUGAAUAUCCAGAAAAACCUGAAUCAUGACAUCACAUGUACCCCCACCAACUCCUCUUUUGUCCACUCUCCACACAACCUCACAACCCAACUGUGAACCUCAGAACUCUACUGUUUUGUACAACUAUGAAGUAAAUGAAGCUAGCUCCAGCUGUGUCGAUUUGCCAUUUAUGAGUUUUAUUUUAUAGCAUGAAAUAAAGGUAUAUUUAUUCAAAUUAUAUAUUUUACUCAUAAUCAUUCUGUGCAGCUUCAUUUUGGUUCUUAAGCUUGUAAAUUGCUUUUUUAUUAAAGGAAAAAAAAAAUGUUAAGAGAAAAAUGCGUUUGUAAAAUAAAGACGCUGAUUUGGCUAUGA